UGUAACAACAUAAUCAAUGUAAUUCAUUUUAACUGUCCAUGUUUUUCAUGUUACGGCUGAUCGGUGUAGAUUGAGAACACAAAAGUAUCUAGAGUACUUGUUAUUGGAUCUUAAAAUCUUCGACUCUUCCGCCACAGACUAAAUAAAAUGGUGGCCUCUUCUUUAAUGUACCGUGACAUGACUUGCUUUUUAUUGUUUAUAGAGGCCUAAAUAGUCAUAUGACUGAUUUUACCCAGUGGUUCUUCUUGCCCUGUUUUGUCGUACACUGGUUGCUGUACUCUGUAAAAUGUCACUAUGAACAAGCAUUCUGAUAAUCUGUAAUGUAACAAAAACACUGUAUUUUCCCAGUUACUGCUUCUAAAUCAUGUCAUCCAAGGAUGAAGAAAGUUACACGUAUGAAUUUUGCGAUGAAGAUCAUCCAUCCAAAACCCUGGGAGCUCUUCGGGAGUUUUAUGCUUGUGGUCUGUUUGCUGACAUCACGCUCCAGUGUUGUACAGGACAGAUGUUUCACUGUCACAAGGCCUUGCUGUCAGCUCGCAGCGCCUACUUUAAAGUCAUGUUCACCUCAGACAUGAAAGAACGUUCAAACGUCAUUAUCAACCUGCCUGGCAUAGAUGGAGAGAUUCUGAGUGCUCUGGUCAACUAUGUUUAUACGUCCAAAGUGAGCAUCACCCAAGCUAAUGUGCAAAGCCUCCUGGAAGCAGCUGACCUCCUUCAGUUUGGCACGGUAAAGACGGCCUGUGAGGAGUUCCUGAUGCGUUUUUUGGAUGUUGAUAACUGUCUUGGGAUGCAUGCUUUUGCCGAGCUUCAUGUCUGUCCUGUCUUGGAGCGCGAGGCACUGAGGAUUAUACUUGGCAGAUUUGAGGAGCUGAUAUGUCAAGAGGAGUUUUGGGGAAUUGACGUCAAAAAGCUCGUCACAAUUCUGUCUGCUGAGAACGUUAAUGUGUGGAAGGAGGAGACGCUUUUAGACGCGGUUGUGAAGUGGGUGACCUUUGACAUGGAUUCUCGCAAAGAAAACAUUCAGGAUCUACUGCAGUGCGUUCAGCUCGAGGUGGAUGAUGUGUAUCUCACAACCGCUUUAGACGUGCACAAACAAUGUACUGAGCACAAGAUACGAUCGAUCAUCGGCCAGUCUGUGAAAUCUAGUGGUGUUUAUGCAACUAAUAAGAAUCUUGCAUCAAGAAUGUAUAUCAUAGGUGGAUAUUAUUGGCACCCACUGUCAGAAAUUCACAUAUGGGACCCCAUUUGCAACACGUGGGUCCAAGGGAAGGACAUGCCUGACUACACAAGAGAGAGUUAUAGUGUUUCGCUUCUGGGUUCUAACAUCUACGUGACAGGAGGAUACAGGACACACACAGUGGACGCACUGGAUACAGUUUGGAUUUACAACAUUGUCUCAGAUGAGUGGACAGAGGGAUGCUCUAUGAUCACUGCUAGAUACUACCACUGUUCCGUACCCUUACAUGGAUGUAUAUAUGUCAUAGGUGGGUACACAGGGGGUGCCCCAACUCAGGAGACCGAAGUCUAUGAUCCAUUAAAAAAGGAAUGGUUUCCUGUAGCAGAUAUGAUCCAAGGGGUUGGAAAUGCUACUGCGUGUGUGGUGCGAGACAGAAUCUAUGUGACCGGAGGUCAUUAUGGAUACAGAGGGAGCUGCACCUAUGAGAAAAUACAAACUUACAGAGCCGACAUCAAUGAGUGGAGCAUUACGACAAUAAGUCCCCAUCCAGAAUAUGGACUUUGCUCAGUGUCACUGAACCACAAGCUCUACCUGGUGGGUGGUCAGAGCACCAUCACGGACUGCUAUGACCCAGAGAGAGAUGAAUGGACACAGAUAGCCAUGAUGAAGGAGAGAAGGAUGGAGUGUGGAGCUGCAGUAAUAAAUGGGUGCAUCUAUGUGACUGGUGGCUAUUCUUACUCCAAGGGCACAUAUUUGGAGAGUAUAGAGCGAUAUGACCCUGAACUGGACUGCUGGGAGAUAGUAGGGAACCUACCUAGUGCGACUCGCUCACACGGCUGUGUUGGUGUGUUCUGUCUGUAGAUUUAUUGUUCGUGUGUUAUAUUGUAUUUAUAUAAUAUGUGAUUGGGAGUCAUGUGUUGGUAGAGUUUGUACUGAUAGUGUUUUGUAUAUUGGAUCUAGUAUCCAAAAUUGAAGGAGACAGACAACGCACAAGAUUUAUAUGCAAUUUUUUUAAAGAAAUUAACUUUUUUUUUUUUUGUGAGAGUUGUUACAUAUACACAUUCCUACACCCACUGACCUGCUUACCAGGACAAAAUAAAUAAGCACAGCCUCAGAAACUUCUCAUAUUUUUAUAGAAUUGUUUAAAAAGAAUGACAACGAAUGAAGGGGGGAGAAAUGGGCUAAGAGAGUGGCCUGAAAAGCUGCUUUAGAAAUCAAACUUAAAUGAACUUAUAAUUCCUCGCUUACUUAUACAGUAUGUUCACAAUAAAUCCAAAGUGAAAAUACAAAAAGAAUGUUUAACUUACGUGUGCUUAAUAUACGUCUUUGACACUGGAUUGAAAAAGUAAUUUGGUAUUCACCAACUCGAUACUGUAACCUGUACUGUGAAAGCCAAGAUCUGAAUUUUUUUUUUUUAAACAAGGGUUUUGAUUUAUCCUUUGGAAUCCAUAUACCUGGUACAUUUCCUGUGAAACUUGAGAUUAAGUGCCUAUAAAUAUAUUAACUGAGACUGAUUCACUAAACGACUUCCCCUUCAUGUACUGUGGAUUUCUUAUUCUUUACUGCUCAUUUCACACAUUUAUAAACCGUUAUUC